AUGGCCCCCAGUCGAAAAGCAUCUUCAGUCCCAGAGGUGCUGAUUCGCGUGACCCCAGGAUACAAGGAGGAUCUCUCCAAGGGGAAGAUGCUCCGGUUUGAAGACUCGCUGCCGCGCCUGCCGGUGCCGCCGCUCGAGGAGACCGGCCGCCGGUACUUGAAAUCCGUCCACCCGCUGGUCUCCGAGGCCGAGUACGAGCGCACCAAGAACGCCGUUGAGGCGUUCAUUCAGCCCGGCGGCCAAGGUGAGACGCUGCAGAAGCGACUGCAGGCGCGCGCCGCCGACCCUAAGAUCAAGAAUUGGCUGGCCGAGUGGUGGAACCAGGCCGCCUACCUAGGCUACCGCGACCCCGUCAUUCCCUACGUCUCGUACUUCUAUUCCUACCGCGACGAUCGCGAGCGUCGCAACCCGGCCAAGCGUGCUGCGGCGAUUACCUCAUCUGCGCUGGAGUUCAAGCGCCAGGUUGAUGACGGGUCACUGGAGCCGGAAUACAUGCGCGGCCAGCCCAUGGCCAUGAGCUCGUACGAGUACAUGUUCAACUGCUGUCGCAUUCCCUCCGACGGUGAGGACUUCCCGCGCAAGUUUGCCGCGCAGGAGAACCAGCACAUCAUUGCCGUGCGCAAGAACCAGUUCUUCAAGGUGCCACUCGUCGUGGACGGGCAACAGCUGAACGUGUCGGAGCUGGAGAAGCAGUACCAGCGCAUUUAUGAGAUCGCCCAGCCCUCGCCGCCGGUCGGCGUGUUGACCGUGGCGGACCGCGAUCACUGGACUGCCGCGCGCAAGAAGCUCGUGGCUGCCGACCCGGCCAACGAGCAAGCGCUGCGCGACAUCGAGUCGGCCGGGUUCCUGAUCUGUCUGGACGACGCCAAGCCCGUGACCCUGGAGGAGCGCGCGCACCAGUACUGGCACGGCGAUGGUAGCAACCGCUGGUUCGACAAGCCGCUGCAGUUCAUCGUCAAUGACAACGGCACAGCCGGGUUCAUGGGCGAGCACAGCAUGAUGGACGGCACGCCGACCCACCGGCUGAACGACUUCGUCAACGACCUGAUCUUCAACAAGCGCAUUGAUCUUUCGGAGAAGUCGGUGCGCUCACAGCUGCCCGACCCCAAGGCAGUGAACUUCCAUCUGAACGACGAGACCAACGAGGCCGUCGACGUUGCGGCCCAGUACCACCGCAAGCAGAUUGCCUCGCACGAGCUGGUCGUGCAGGCCUUCCAGGGCUACGGCAAGGGCCUGAUCAAGAAGUUCAAGUGCAGCCCUGACGCAUACGUGCAGAUGGUCAUCCAGCUGGCCUACUUCAAGAUGUACGGCCAGAACCGCCCGACGUACGAGUCGGCGUCGACACGCAAGUUCCAGGAGGGCCGCACCGAGACCACGCGCACCGUCUCCGACGAGAGCGUGGCCUUCUGCCGCGCGCAUCAUGACGCCGCCGUGUCCCGCGAGGAGGUCGUCAAGCUCUUCCGCGCCGCCCUCGCCCAGCACACCAAGUACACGCUCGAGGCCAGCGAUGCCCGCGGUGUUGACCGCCACCUAUUCGGUCUCAAGAAGCUGCUGCAACCCGGCGAGAAACUGCCCGCUCUGUACGAGGACCCUGCCUACGCCUACUCUGGCUCUUGGUAUCUUUCCACCUCCCAGCUCAGCUCUGAGUACUUCAAUGGCUAUGGCUGGAGCCAGGUUAUUGACGAUGGCUUCGGUAUUGCCUACAUGAUCAACGAGAACAGUCUCAACUUCAACAUCGUCUGCAAGCGCCUCGGCGCCCACCGCAUGAGCUACUUCCUGAACGAGGCCGCCACCGAACUGCGCGACCUCCUCAUGCCUGACCUGGCCGCCCAGGUCGAGAAGGCCAAGCUGUAG